AUGGCGCCUAAGAAAACCGGCGAGCACAAGGGCGCGAAGAAAAUUAAGCGCGAGGGCGGUAAAAUAUUCUCCGCUAUAGGGACCGCGCCCAUUGUGCUCCCUUCAAACGGUGACGGUUUCAACGCACACGGAGAGUUGCGACAGGUGGUUGGCGUUGUCGGCAAAGAGCGGGAACUCGAGGCGGCUAGCGAAGAGGAAGAAGAAUCCUCAUCCUCUUCUUCCUCUGGCAGUGACUCGUCGGAUGAGGGGAGUGAGUCGGAAUACGAGGAUGAUGAGGCGGAUGGCGGUAGUGAGGACGAGGAUAUGGCGGAUCUUGAGCCUGAGUCAUCCAAGGGCGCUUCGAAGAAAAAGAGGGAACGUGCGAAAGGGGGAAAUAGUAAGAAGAAGGGUAAAGGGAGGGCGGGAGCCAAGGAGGUGGGUGGAGUUCAAGAGGGGCGGGUGGGGAAGAAGCGUAAAGGGAAGAGGAGGAGUACAAAUCCGCGAUGGGUUAAGUACACUGUGGUUAAGAUGUUUGGGGAGCUGGCGGCCGACGAGACGCGCAAGUGCAAGUGUUGCCCCACCCGAAUCUCUUUCAAGGAUAGCAGCACACGGUCCGGCGGGCGGCACUACGAGGGGAAGCAUAACGCCCACUACGCCAUUUGGAAGCGGAUGUACGAGGGGGGCUUGGUUCCCGCGGAUGUAACCUUCCCCGACGGUGGCUAUCCUGGGGUGCCGCACAGUGGCGAGGAGUGGCACUAUGCGGAGGCGUACCCUAACGUUCCCCCCGAGGCGCUUGUAGGAGGGGUGGCUGCACUGGGCGGGGGGCAGGCGACGAUGGAACAGUUUAUGACUCCGCGGGUGUCGGUCCGAGAACUGCGAGCAGCCAUCGUCAAGUUCAUUGUGAUGGCCGACAGCUCCUACCGUAUUGUUGACAGUGACGCGUUCAAGGAGAUGUUGACUGUAGCCAACUCUGCGUGUGGGAAGGACAAUGUCAUUCCUUCACGCUGGACGUUGGCCCGUGACGUGUCGAGGUACGCGGACAUGGCACGGGCGUUGGCUAGGGCCGAGCUGGAGCUGGAGAAGGAGGGGGAUCUGCCGCUGUUCAAGGUCCUGCGCCAGGCCACUAUCGACUUCAGCGAGAUAUCUGAGGGCCACACGGGGGAGGAUAUUGCUAAGCGGUUCGAGGAAGUGGUUGGAGCAUGGGGGUUGGUCGGGCGUUGUCAUGGUGUCACCACCGACAACGCCUCGAGCAACGAGGCGGCCAUCAGGGUGCUGUCGGCCGAUGGAGAUCGCUUUCCACUGAUCUCCAAGGACAUGUGGUUCAGGUGUUUUGCGCACGUGAUCAACCUGGCUGUCCAGAAGGCGCUCGCGGUAGAGACGGUCAAGGUUCCGCUGCAGCGCAUCCGCAAGACGGCCAAAUUCGUGGGCCUGUCGUCUAAGCGCAUGGCGCGGUUCAGGAAGGAGAUGAGAGAUUCCUUUCCCACAAUGAGGGAGGUCAAGCUCGUGCUGGACUGUGAGACCCGCUGGGGGUCCACCUUCGCCAUGGUGGCACGUGCCCUGCGGCUUCGUCGCCCUUUGAGCGCACACUUCUCCCAGGUGCAGGGCUCAUCAAAAAAAGAAAGGGAGAAGUACGCUUCCCUUCGGCUGACUGACGACCACUGGGACGCACGGGUGGCGUUGAAGGCGUUCCUAGCGCCCUUCAACGCCAUCACCAAGGCUGCCGAAGGAUCUGUGUACCCGACGGUAACGACCAUCGUGCCGUACUACAACCUUCUCCUCGACACUUUGGAGAAGACUCUGCACGAUGAUAUCCGUCAAGGAUAUCCGUCAAGGAUAUCCGCUCAAGGAUAUCCGCUCAAGGAUAUCCGUCAAGGAUAUCCGCUCAAGGAUAUCCGUCAAGGAUAUCCACUCAAGGAUAUCCCUCAAGGAUAUCCGUCAAGGAUAUCCAGUCAAGGAUAUCCGCUCAAGGAUAUCCGUCAAGGAUAUCCGCUCAAGGAUAUCCGUCAAGGAUAUCCGCUCAAGGAUAUCCGUCAAGGAUAUCCGCCAAGGAUAUCCGCUCGAGGAUAUCCGCUCGAGGAUAUCCACGCGAAGAUAUGCACUCGAUGA